AUGCGCCCUCUUGCACUCUCUCACGCACUCUCUCGCGCGCUCUCUCAAGGCACACUCUCAGGCACACUCUCACGCACUCUCUCUCUCUCGCACUCUCUCUCGUGCAUUCUCACCACGUUCUCUCUCUCACGCGCACUCUCACGCGCUCUCUCACGCGCUCUCUCACGCGCUCUAUCAAGGCGCACUCUUAGGGGCACUCUCAGGCGCUCUCUUUCGCGCUCUUUUUCCCGCACGCUCACGUGCAUUCUCUCUCUUACGUCCUUCUCUCAUGCACUCUCACGCACAUUCUCUCUCUCAAGCGCUCUCUCACACCCAUUCUCUCUCUUACGUCCUUUCUUUCGCGCACUCUCACGCACAUUCUCCCUCUCAAACACUCUCUCACGCGCACCCUCACACGCUCCCUCACACGCUCUCUCAUGCGCUCUCACACGCGCUCUCUCACCCGCUCUCUCAUGCGCACUCUCACGCGCUCUCUCACGCUCCCUCACGCGCUCCGUCCCGCACUCUCAGGCACACUCUCACGCACUCCCUCUCGCGCUCUCUCUCGCGCACUCUCACCACAUUCUCUCUCUCGCGGACUAUCACACGCAUUCUCUCUCUCGCGCUCUCACAUGCACUCACAUGCGCUCCCUCACGCGCUCUCUCAUGCUCGCUCGGGAAGGAGAGGCGACGGCGAGGAGUAGGGAGAGGCGACCGCGGGGAGGAGCGAGAGGCAACGGCGGGGAGGAGGGAGAGGCGACCGGGGGGAGGAGGGAAAGGCGACGGCGGGGAGGAAGAGAGGCGACGGCCGGGAAGGAGGAGAUGCGACGGCGGGGAGGAGGAGAGGCGACGGCGGGGAGGAGGAGAGGCGACGGCGGGGAGGAGGGAGGCGACGGCGGGGAGGAGGGAGAGGCGACGGCGGAGGGAGAUGCGACGGUGGGGAGGAGGAUAGGCGACGGCGGGGAGAAGGGAGGCGACGGCGAGGAGGAGGGAGGCGACGGCCGGGAGGUAAGGGAGAGGAGAUGGCGGGGUGGAUGGGACGGAGUGAUUGUGAGGUGGGUUGGAGAGGUGUUAGCGGGUAGUGAGGGAGAGGAUACGGCUGGAUGGAGCGAGAGCGACGGCUAG